CCAACACCAGCCCAGAGAACCAAGGGACCCAGAGAGACAACAGCCCAGCACCAGGGGACAAGGGGAGACUACGACAGCCCAGAAUCAGGGACAGACCACUGCCCCAGAUCAAAGCACCAAGGACAAAGAGAGACGACAGCCACAGACGAGCACCAGAGCACCUAGGGACAGGGAGAGACUAGUUCCAGAGAUGGCCUCGGCCGGCCUGGAGAUCCUGGGUAUGAUCCUUUGUGUGUCAGGCUGGCUAGGGGUCAUGGUGGCUUGUGGCCUGCCAAUGUGGAGAGUAGCUGCCUACAUUGGCCAGAACAUCGUCAUCUCUCAAGUGAUCUGGGAGGGCCUGUGGAUGAACUGUUCUGUCCAGAGCACGGGCCAGAUGCACUGCAAAGUCCACGACUCCAUGCUUGGACUCCCUGUGGACCUACAGGCGGCCCGUGCCCUGGUCAUCGUCUCUAUGGUGCUGUGCAUCAUGGGCAUUGGCCUGUCUGUAGCCGGGGCCAAGUGCACCAACUGCAGCUCAGACACAGGCAGCAAGCCUCGCAUGGUGCUGGGGGCCGGAGUGACCUUCAUCGUGGCGGGGCUGUUGCUGCUGACGGCCGUAUCGUGGACGGCUAACACCAUCGUCUUGGAUUUCUAUGACCCAAUGAUGGAGGAGACAGGGAAGAGGGAGUUUGGGAACUCACUGUAUUUUGGAUGGGCUGCCUCCUGUCUGCUUCUCCUAGGGGGAGCUCUGCUCUGCUGCUCCUGUCCCCUGAAAGCACCCCAGGGUGUUAGCGGGGCUGGGUCUGGACCCAACAGGGUGAUGAACUACUCUGCGGUCAAAUACCCCAUGUCUGUCAAUGGAUAUGUGAGGAGGGACUAUGUGUGAGAGAGAGUGUGUUCAAUGGCUUUAGUAUAGAGACAGCCGCUUGAGACUGAUGGGACUAAGGGGAUAACUAGUGUUAGCGCCCCCCCUUUCCUGACUGGGUUAGCGAAGAAUAAAUGCAGUAUGAAUGAUUGGCGAUUAAUGCUAGAUUGUGUUUUACAUAUAUGAUUUCUGUAGAGUUGGAGACAUGC